AUGUUGUCCAUCACUUUUGUCUUACCGGUAUUAUAUGCUCUCUCCGUUGCUACAAAUGCUGAUGAUGCGAAUGCUACUAUUAACUCGGCUGUUACUAGUGUUACAAAAUCUCCAACUACAAAUGCGAAUAUUUGCUGCAAAGCUCUUCAAUUGGCAUUGGGUUCAAAAGUUUCGUACCCAAAUACAUCAGCAUAUAGCACAUUUUUGAACAAUUUCUAUUCCCAGCAAGAAUCACAACUAUCUCCAGGUUGUAUUGUAUCACCAACAUCCACAACAGAUGUCUCGAUUUCAGUCGGAAUUCUGUCCAUUCUCGGGAAGCUUGCAAACUGGAGUCCUUCAUGCCAAUUCGCUAUCAAAUCCGGAGGUCAUGCCCCUGGAGUAAGCCAAGCCAACAUCAAUCAAGGAGUAACGAUAAACCUGAGUCCUCUUAAUUUUAUAGAUGUUAGCACCGACCAGUCAGUGGUAUCAGUGGGUCCAGCAGCAAGAUGGGGAGAAGUUUAUCUCAAGUUAGAUGCUUUACAACUUGCUGUUCCUGGUGGACGAGUCAACUCGGUUGGUGUCGGAGGAUUGACCGUUGGUGGUGGAAUCUCCUACUUCUCCCCCAGGAAAGGAUUUACAUGUGACAAUGUCAAAAACUUUGAAAUAGUCCUUGCAAGCGGUAAAGUUGUCAAUGCGAAUGCGAAUCAAAAUCCAGAUUUAUAUCUAGCUUUGAAAGGCGGCUCCAAUAAUCUCGGUGUAGUCACCCGAAUCGAUUUCUAUGCAUUUCAACAAGGCAAGCUGUGGGGCGGCAAUGUUUUGUAUCCAGCAACUACCGCGGACCAACAGAUCGAUGCACUGGCAGAGUUCAGCAGCAACCCAGCUUAUGAUGAGUAUGCCUCUUUGAUCACGAGUUUCGCAUUCCAACCAAGUGUCGGAUCCGUGGUGGUCAACAACAUCGUAUAUACCAAGCCGGUCGCAAACCCGGUAGCAUACCAGCCUUUCACGGCAAUUCAACCUCAAUACUCGAACACAUUGAGAAUCACAAAUUUGACCGACAUUGGAGGUGAAACAGCAGGCACAAUUACUCAAUUACGAACACUAUUCAUAACAACAACAUUUGAAGCCAAUAAGCAAAUGAUAAAUGCAACCUACAACGCCUGGAAUGCCGCUCUUCCAUCUAUUCAAUCUCUCUCCAAUGUUACCUGGUCUUUAUCUUUGGAACCAAUCCCCAGUAGCGUCCCCGCCAAAUCAGCUUCUACCGGGGGGAACCUCCUUGGCGUAACUCCCGCUGAGGGUCCACUAAUCGUCGCUCUUCUUACCGUAACCUGGGGUAGUAUUGCCGACGAUACUGUUGCUAGUAAUACAGCAAAAACUAUGUUCGACACAAUUGAUGUCUAUGCAAAGGCAUCUGGAUUCUACAAUGACUGGCAGUAUAUUAAUUAUGCAGCGAAUUGGCAGGAUCCAAUUGAUGGGUAUGGAGCGGUGAAUAAGGCGAAGCUUCAGGCGGCGAGCAAGAAGUACGAUCCGCUGGGUGUUUUUCAGAAGGGUGUUACGGGAGGGUUUAAACUUUUCGUUUAA